AUGUGCGGCAUCGCGCUUGUCGCCCAGCGACUGCGAGCGAUCAGCUGUCGCACGGCAGGGCGUCGCACGGAGAGCGGCUGCGACGUGCCGUGCGACAGCGAGCGAUCCAGAGUAAGGGGAUGGAUUGGAGGGAGUUGGAAUGUGCGGCUGGGAAGUUCGGUGGGGUGGAAACGGCGACGGUGCAGCACAUCUGAGACCUCUCCACCGCUUCCCACUGGACUCCACCCCAUCACUCGCCUGUCCUUGCUAGCUUCGGUGCUGCAGGUUCGGGGCGAGGACGAUGGCGUGGGGGAAGGAGGCGACGCGAUGGGAGGAGAGAGGGUGAGAGGAGGAGACGAGGGACGAGGAGAGAUGAUGAAUCGAGGGGUGCAGAAAGCCUCAGAGAAAAGGGAAGGUGGUCAAAGGGAGGGCCUUGAGUGCGAGAGAGGAAGGAAUGAGGAGGGAGGAAGUGAUUUCCAAUCAGCUGUCCAGGGAGAAGUCCCCUGCACCUCUCUCCCUGCCCAUUCCCCUCACCUCUCCUCCCCUCUCUCCGCCCGUCCAGCAAACCCCUGCGCCCACCCCCACUCCGUCCCCCGCCUGCUCUCCUCUCUCCGCGGCCCCUUCGCGCUGGCCUAUUGGCAGGCGACAGCUGGCACGCUGUGGUUGGCCCGCGACUUCAUGGGGCGGCGCAGCCUGCUAUUUCACGGGCCUUGUUGGGAGGACGGGGGAGGGGAGAAGUGGAUAGGGGAUGAAAGUAGGGGGGAGGAGGGUAGUGGGGAGAAGGGGAGAGGGGAGGAAGAAAGAGAUGGGGAGGAAAGAGGGGUGGAGAGAGGAGGGCGGAGCACUUUUGUGGUGAGCAGCGUGUGCCCCUCGCCUCGUCCUCCCUGCCUCUUGGCUACCGAUAGAGCAGAGAGGGAAGGGCGGACAGGAGAGGGGACAGUGGAGCGGAGGGUAGAGAGAGGAGGGAGUGUGAGAAAGGGAGCAAGACGAAAAGGAGCAGAGAGAGGUGAACGAGGGAUUGAAACAGAGGGAGGAGGAGGGGAGGAGGAGGAGGAGGAGGAGGAGGAGGAGGAGGAGGAGGAGGAGGAGGAGGAGGAGGAGGAGGAGGAGGAGGAGGAGGAGGAGGAGGAGGAGGAGGAGGAGGAGGAGGAGGAGGGGGAAGAGGAGGCGGUGGUGGGGAAGCGGCUGAUCAGAGUGACAGAAGUGGAUUGCCCGAGUUUGGUCCAGCGACUGCUGACAUGGCAGCGACCAGUGGCAGCUGACGUGUCAACCCAAGGUGCCGAGCUGGCAGGAGGUGGCGCUGAGGUGGCGCACUCUGGUGCUGAGCUGGCGGCAGGUGAUGCGGCUGACUCAGCAGCAGAUGGUGUGUUGUCAGCACUGGAUAGAGCAGUGGGGAUCCGAGUGACGCAUAUUCGAGAGAGAAGUUGCAUUCGUGAAGGGAAACCUAUCGACCCACUGAACCGACAAGGGCAUGUGAAGCAGCCAAGUGGAGAGGGGGAGGUGGCAGCAGCGGCAGGGAGUGUAAGCAGGGAGGAGGAGGCCGAGGUGGCAGCAGUGGCGAUGUUGUCCCAUCGAGUUGCUGAAUGUGAGCUUCGCCGGGGCAGCAGCACCGGACAGGCAGACAAGAAGGCACAGCCCCCACCCUGCCCCCCUAUCUCCACACUUACCGCUCCUUCCCCCACCUCCCCCCUCACCUCAGGCCCCAUCGAGCUGCUGAAUGUGAGCUUCGCCGGGGCAGCAGCACCGGACAGGCAGACAGCGAGAGCGGGAGUGAGGGAGCUGGUGGGGGCAUGCGAGGGGAGGAGGUUUCAUCUGGUGGAGGUGGAUUCGACCCUCUCAGAGGUGGACCAAGUCAAAACGCACCUGCUGUCCCUGCUCUGCCCAUCGCACACGCACAUGGACCUCAACAUUGGUGCAGCACUGUGGCUGGCUGCCAGAGGGGAGGGCAGAAUGAUCCGCUAUGGGGGGAAGGAGGAGGGCGAUGGGGGGGAGGAGGAAGAGGGCUGCAGAGCGGUGACGGGUAGUGAGGAGCGGUACAGAGCACAUGCGCGAGUGGUGCUCGUGGGAACGGGCGCAGAUGAACAGUGUGGGGGGUAUGCCCGCUACAGGACGAAAUUCCGACAAGGAGGUUGGCCAUCUCUAGAGCAUGAGAUGAGGGAGGACGUGCGUCGCCUGUGGCGGCGCAACCUGGGGCGGGACGACCGGUGCCUGUCGGACCAUGGCAGAGAGCCACGCUUCCCUUUUUUGGACGAGGGAGUGAUGAGCGCGCUGCUGGACAUCCCACUCCCUCGCAUCACCAACCUGCACCUGCCACCGGGCACGGGAGACAAGCUCAUAUUGCGGCAGAUUGCUCGCAAGCUGGGUCUGGCAGGAGCUGCUGCAUUGCCCAAACGAGCCAUUCAG